UAUUUUAUUAGUUUAUGGUUCAUGGUUAUUUACAAUAUUCUUUACAAUAGGUAAUACUGUUUUUAAGGAAUUAUUUUACCAUAUUGUAUUCCAUUGACCGCGUUAACGACACGAUUCUAGUAACUCAAUGCUUACUCAAUCAUGAACGCUGUCGGGAAAUAUAUAUACAUUCAGAAGUUGAGUUGUUUGUCCAAGAUGCCAAACAAUACAGGAAAAAUGAAUGCUCACACAGUUACUAAGACUAUAGUUACAUCGCCACAUAUCUACAAACCCGUUGGACCAUACAGUCAGGCUAUAUUGGCCGAUAAAACACUCUACGUGUCCGGAUUGUUAGGCAUGGAUCAAAAAGCGCAGAUAAUAUGUGGAGGUGCUGAAGCGCAGGCACGACAGGCUCUCGAGAAUUUAAAGCACGUGCUAGAAGCAGGCGGCGCUUCUCUCCUGUCUGUCAUAAAAACUACUAUCCUUCUUGCACGAAUGGAUGAUUUCCAAGCGGUCAAUCAGGUUUAUGCAGAAUGUGAGUACCUACAUAAUCUAUUUAUAAGUACUACCAGAAGCAGAUUAAACCGCUAAACUAAACCUAGAUAGCGCUCUAGGCCAACGCUUCAUUGGCGCCUCAAACCUUUGGUUUUGUUAUAAUUUUCUUUCACUUCAUACGGCUAAACGUCAUUUUAUUUAUUUGUUUAAUCUUUUAUCAUGCACAUCGAAAUGCGCAUUCCUACAUAAAUUGUGCAAAUAUGUGCAACGAACCGCGAAAAUUUCUUUCGUACCUGGGAUGUGAUGUUUGAAUUGUUGUAACAUAUCGAGUAUUGAACUAUUGACCCUGCGCGUACCUACUUAGUUUAUUCACGAUGAGUGCAAACGCAGAGAAAACGGUUGAAACCGUUGAAACUAUACCCAAGACGGACGCUUCCGAUGUUCCGAAGAUGAAUUCGUCAAAAACAAACGUGCACAAAGUUACUAAGACAAUUAUUUCGUCGCCAGAUAUUUAUAAGCCUGUAGGGCCGUACAGCCAGGCAAUAUUAGCGGAUAAAACUCUUUAUGUAUCUGGGGUGCUUGGAAUGGACACGACGGCCACAUUAGUGACUGGUGGUGCUGAGGCUCAGGCGCGACAGGCUCUCGAGAACCUAAGGCACGUGCUGGAAGCGGGUGGUGCUUCUCUCGAGUCCGUAGUGAAAACCAACAUCUAUUUAGGGCACAUGGAGGACUUCCAAGCUAUCAAUCAAGUUUAUGGAGAAUUUUUUCCAAAAGAUUACCCGGCACGCGCUACAUUCCAAGUGGGUAAGCUUCCAUUGGACGCGGCAGUGGAGAUAGAAGCAAUUGCACUGAGCGGAGACCUGGUCGUCGCGGAGGCGGGACCCUGCCCUUGCGCACUAUAUUAUUAUAUACUCGACACCAAGGUAGACUACAUCAAACAGCAUAAUUUAGAUCCACAUCGCAAGAAUUUGAUAACAGUACAGAAUCGCCCGCUCCGAUUGAACCUGAAGAAUAAUAAUGGUAGCCACGAUACGAUCUCGGGGAGCCGUGUAGCCGUCAGUCGAGCCGAGUUGCUGCGGACGGGUGGUCAGCCGUCGUCCGAGACAGCAAACAACAUCGCGCCCAAUUUUCACUCAGGCUCUUUCUCCACUAUUUGUCAUCCGAACUUAUGGACGCUGCUUAACGUUGCUCUCUGUCGCUCUCUCGAUCAUGGGCUGUACAAGCAGUGCUCCAAACAUGAGAAAAGCAUUCAAUUUGAAGAAGAUGCGAGUGAGGUCCAGUCUCGGGAUACAGAAGAAAUAAUUUAUAGAGCAGGAAAUGAUCCAGACGAAACAAACGAGCUUCCAUCGUGUGAUAAUUUAUCAGAACAUAAUAUAAAUGUAGUUAGAAAUAUAUCUACUUCUAGUUUAAAAACAGAAAAAGACAAUCAAGAAGACAGACAUAGUAAUGAGAUGAUACUUAAUAAAACGGUAUCAAGUGCUUUACUACACGAAGAAGAAAGUCCGCCUAAACUAGAAGAAGUAGUUGAGAAAGUAGUAGAACUACAUUCUUCAGAAAAUCUUAACGAAACCAAACCUGAAAACAAACAUGAUGAAACUGCAAGGGAAACCGGAACUAGAGAAAGUAACGAUAGCGAUAACACCAAAGACAGUAACUUCCAAGACAGUGAAACACACGAAGAUGAGAAGGAGGACACGCAAAAUGUCGAUUGUCCUGAAGAAGCCACAAGCCCGAGCCAAUCCGAGAGCAGUCGGGCCACGAGAUGGGAAGCUCUGGCGGAUAUAGCUGCAGAAUUACCGCCGUCUCUCACAGUAGAUCCUGUUACGGGGCAGAUUUAUGCGCUUUCUAAAUAA